AUGACUAGCACCAUCGUCCUGCGUUGGCCAACGCCUAGCGGCAAAGAGAAACAUGCAAGUGGUCGGCCUGCUACACUAUUACACGAGUACUCUCAGGCAUUUCGGCAGAAGGAGUCGUCGACCAUCGGAGAGAUAUCCCACCAGUGGGCCGCUCGCUUUCCAAAGCUAAGACGUCGACUCAUAGAGGCCCUUGAAGACACCCUUAUGCCCGACAGUCGGGCAUCGCGCCAUGUUGUGGGACCGUGUGAUAUGUUCCAUUUCGAAGUCGCCCUGGACCUAUAUGCCGGCUCUACAUUCCCUAACGGCUCCGAGCUUUGA